CCAUGACGGCGACGGGGUCAGACAUCGACGAAGCAGCAGAGCGGCUGGCACGGGAGUCGCGCUCCCUCUUGGGCCUUCCCGAGGGCAGCAGCAGUGCCGGAUGGCCACCGCGGAGGGCAGGCCCACCGUCUGCACUUGAGUUCUGCCAGGCUGUUGUCCGUCACACGCCCGUCGUUAUGCAGGCCUGCCUCGACGAUCGGCCACGCGCGCCCCUGCAGCGCUGGAGGGACAAGGCGUACCUGGCGAGCUUGAUGGGCGAGCGCAGGAUCAAGGUUGCCCUGACGCCAGACGGGCGGGCUGACGAUGUGCAUCGUCUCGAGGGGGGCAAGCUCGUAUUUGCGCUUCCCCAUGAGGAAGAGAUGACCUUCCAAGCGCUCUUUGAUGCGCUCGAGAGGCAGAGGUCGGGCACUUCAGGAGCCGGCAUCGCCUACCUGCAGAGCCAGGACUCGAACCUGACCGACAAGGAGGCUGGCCUCGCGCCGCUUCUGGCCGAUCUCGAGCACGGCGACGAGCGACGCACGGACUUGCCAUGGGCCACCGAGGCCCUGGGGAGAAGACCCGAUGCGACUAAUCUGUGGAUCGGGACAGAGCAGAGCGUCACGUCAAUGCAUCGAGACCACUACGAGAAUCUGUUCACAGUCAUCCAGGGAACAAAGAUCUUUACGCUAUACCCGCCUUGCGAGGCACACUUUCUCUGCGAAGACGAAGCGUAUCCUGUCUAUCGGUGCACGCCAGACCUCGGCUCGCUGGAGCCCACAGACCUGCCGCCGACGCCGUGGAUCCCCAUCGAUCCCACUGAGCCUGCUUCUUCGACGCGCAACAGACCGUUUAGCCAACGUUUCUCGAGGGCGCUUCCGCCGCUCACGGUGGAGGUCCACGAGGGCGAAACGCUGUACCUGCCCGCUGGCUGGUUCCACCAUGUUGCGCAGCGGGCCAAUGCAGACUCGGGUCUGUGCGUGUGUGUCAAUUGGUGGUACGAGUCAGAGACGGCUUUUAGGUGA